UAUAACAGUACACCACCGUCAUGCAGUUGGGUUAAGUCAGUGACAGUGCGACACAAAGAAAAGCCCUAAAAGGUUGCGAAAGAUUAGUCGAUGGCGGAGACGAAGCACGAAGAAGACGAACAACAACAACAACAACAUUCACACUCAAUGCCUACGAAGCGGAAAGCGGAUUUGAUCUCCGUAGACGAAGACAGAAACGAAAGCGAAGUUUCAAAAAAGAAGCAGAUGUUGCAGCAAUCGUCUUCUGCUGACAAAGAUUCUUCUUCGAAGAUCGAGGAGUAUGAAGAAGAAGAAGAAGAAGACGAUGACCAAGAGGACUAUGAGGAUGAGGAUGAGGAUGAGGGCGACGAUGACGAUGACGAUGAAGACGAAGAUGGCGAUGAGCAUUCGAAUGGGGAAGCGGAGGUUGAUCGUAAGGGCAAAGGGAUUUUGAGAGAAGACAAGGGAAAAGGGAAAUUGAUUGAAGAGUGUGACGAUUCGAGCAACGAAUCGUCAGACGGCGAUAGCAGCGAUCUGUCGGAAGAUCCCCUUGCUGAGGUCGAUUUGGAUAACAUUCUCCCCUCGAGGACCCGGAGUAGACGCGUAGUUCAGCCCGGACUUCAUAUUUCUAAUGCUCCCGGCAACAAUCAUGACGAUGGCAGUCACUGAUGAUGCUUAAUUCAGAAGCAGUGAAUUUACCUCUCUCGUGGAUGCAAGCAUUUGGGCCAAACCAAGUUAAAUAUUGUGCGACUGUUUUGGGUAUGCUUCCAUUAUCACUUGGGUUCAUAUUUUAAUAUGGGGUAUCAGAGUUUUGAAGGUGGGAUUUUAUUUCCAACACUUUGGACACCAGAUAAAAAUGGCAAGUGCACUAUAAACAGCAUGAGUCUUGCAUUGCAUUGUUGCAAAAAUUGCAAUGCAUAUUUUGUCAUGAAAGUAAAAAUUAGAUGAAUUAAUGCUAUGCUAUUUUUAAAAUUGUUGCUAUGAGAAUGAUUACUACUUGUACCUUUGUCAUGGUUGAAGGGGAAUUAAAUGCU